GCUUCGGCCCGCGCGCGGCGGGCGAUGCUGGGAGGCAGCUCCGGGGCCCGGGAGCGCGAGGCGGUGGGCGACGGGGCGGAGGCUGGGACGGCGCCGCCCGCCAUCGAGUUCCCGGCCGACGGCUCGGACCCCAAGUAUGAUGAAUCCGAUGUCCCAGCAGAACUCCAGGUAUUAAAAGGACCCCUGCAGCAGCCGACUUUCCCUUUCGCGGUUGCAAACCAACUCUUGCUUGUCUCUUUGCUGGAGCACUUGAGUCAUGUGCACGAACCAAACCCGCUCCGUUCAAGACAGGUGUUUAAAUUGCUUUGCCAGACCUUUAUCAAAAUGGGGCUGCUGUCUUCUUUCACCUGUAGUGAUGAGUUUAGCUCGUUGAGGCUACACCACAACAGAGCUAUUACUCAUUUAAUGAGGUCUGCUAAAGAGAGAGUUCGUCAGGAUCCUUGUGAGGAUAAUUCUCAUAUCCAGAAGAUCAGGUCCAGGGAAAUAGCCUUUGAAGCACAGACUUCACGUUACCUAAAUGAAUUUGAAGAGCUUGCCAUCUUAGGAAAAGGUGGAUACGGAAGAGUGUACAAGGUCAGGAAUAAAUUAGAUGGUCAGUAUUAUGCAAUUAAAAAAAUCCUGAUUAAUGGUGCAACUAAAACAGAUUGUAUGAAGGUCCUGCGGGAGGUGAAGGUGCUAGCAGGCCUUCAGCAUCCUAAUAUCGUAGGCUAUCACACUGCUUGGAUAGAGCAUGUUCACGUGGCCCAAACACAAGAUAGAAUUUCUAUUCAGCUGCCAUCUCUGGAAGUGAUCUCAGACGAGGAGGAUGACAGGUAUGUGGACGGGUGUCAUGUUAAAAAUGAUGAAAGUAACAGCUCAUCCAUUAUCUUUGCCGAGUUCACCUCAGAAAAAGAAAAGUCUUUAGGAGAAUCUGGCAUUGACAAUCAGAAUAACAGAUUGGUGAACUGUAGCACCAAUUUAAUCACAAGAACCGCCUGUGAAUUUGAAUCAUCCAGUUUGCUCCAAGGAAAUGGUUUGGCUGAUUUGCCUUCCAGAUCGAUUGUUGAACAUCAGCUGCCACUUAGGCAUCAUUCUGACUUAGAAGAGAAUUUCACAUCCACCGGGGAAUCUUCUGAAAACUUAAGUUUGUCGGGGCAGACAGAGGUGCAGUACCACCUGAUGCUGCACAUCCAGAUGCAGCUGUGCGAGCUCUCGCUGUGGGACUGGAUAGUUGAGAGAAACCAGCGGGGCCGGGAGUAUGUGGACGAAUCUGCAUGUCCUUAUGUCAUGGCCAGUGUUGCAACAAAAAUUUUUCAAGAAUUGGUGGAAGGUGUAUUUUACAUACAUAACAUGGGAAUUGUACACAGAGAUCUGAAGCCCAGAAAUAUUUUUCUUCAUGGCUCUGAUCAGCAAGUAAAAAUAGGAGACUUUGGUCUGGCCUGCACGGAUAUCAUACAGAAGAACACAGACUGGAUCGAUAGAGAUGGGAAGAGGACGCGCACACACACGUCCAGAGUGGGUACUUGCCUGUACGCUUCUCCUGAGCAGUUGGAAGGAUCCGAGUAUGAUGCCAAGUCAGAUAUGUAUAGCUUGGGUGUGAUCCUGCUAGAGCUCUUUCAGCCGUUUGGAACAGAAAUGGAGCGAGUACACGUUUUAACUGGUUUAAGAAGUGGUCAGAUACCUGAAUCCCUCAGUAAGAGGUGUCCCGUGCAAGCCAAGUAUAUCCAGCACUUAACUAGAAGGAAUGCAUCUCAGAGACCCUCUGCUGUUCAGCUGCUGCAGAGCGAACUUUUCCAAAAUUCUGGAAAUGUUAAUCUCACCCUACAGAUGAAAAUACUGGAGCAAGAAAAAGAAAUCGAAGAACUAAAGAAGCAGCUGAGUCUCCUUUCUCAGGACAAAGGGGCCAAGGAUGACAUGAAAGAUGGGGGUGUUCCUGUCCUGCCUUAAUUAGACUCUGUAAAUGUGAAUGUGGACUUCUAAUUCUUGAAAUAGUCAACUGGAAUGUAAAUUUUGUCUUUGUUAGGGUAUAGACGGUAUAGUUCUAUUUAGUGAGCCUGGACAAGACUUUUAAGUUGUAGAAGUUCCC